UCAUGUAUGAGGUCACUAAUGUUUACUCCGACAUGUCAUGUGCAAUUAGAUCCUGAAUGGAAAGUGGCGUGUUGGCAUGGAAACCGCCCGCACCUCGUUUAGUAUGUUAGUGAACUUCACGUGUCAGCAGCGUCGAGUCUGGCCGGAAGGAAGGUGAUGGAGAUGGAAUGUUUGUGACGAAAGAAGAAACAAAGCAGCGUUUCCUUUGCUUCCUCGAACGCUGAUUGGUUGAUUGGUUUCUUUCGACACAGGCUGUUCCCAGCGCGCGAGGCGCAGGGGAAGCCACGGCGGGGUCUCGUGGAGACGGGGACGCUCCCAGUAGCAGGACCGGUACCAGUACCGGAGAUACCGGGUGUCCUGAUGCCGACCACAUACCUCGGAUCUCCUGAGACACCGCGCGUGGAACCAUCGAUGGAAGAACGGAUCAAUUAAUCAACAAUGAUCGAUAACUCGGAUUUAUUGAUUCCGCCCGACGCUGAGCACGUGGGUCUGUGAUGGGCUUUGGACCGGCGGGAGGAGACCAAAGCAUGUGGGAGUGAAACUCUGGAGAGCAGCAGGAAGUGACAUCACCACCAUGGAGGUCAGCACUCGACACAUUUCGGUUCCAGACCUUCUGUGUUGUCAGGACAACAGGAAGAGGAUGAUGGACCUCCAGGAGAGGAGGCGGAGCCUACAGGUUGCGCUCAGCAACCGAUUGGCUGAGCUGCGUAGCCUCUGUCUGCAAGAAGCAGAGCUAACGGGGAAGGUACCAAGCGACUACCCCCUGGAGCCGGAGGAGCCCCCCGUAACGAGGAGGAGCGUUAGUUUACCCAAUGACAAGAUGGCUGCCAGACCAGAGGUGGGGGAGGUCAGCCAGCGUUGCAAGUUGAAAAAAACGUUAUUCAUUAAGAGAACGGUCCACAGGGGCUGUCACACAGAUGAUACUGUAGUUGACAGCAUCAGUGACUUGGGGAGGCCCCUCCCCCUACCGCCUCGAAAUGGACCAAUCACUGCACACAUCCGAGGCCAGCUGGGCCCAGUGGGCGGGGCCAGCAGCCCUCUGGGGGGAGGGGCUAGUAAAGAUGCAGUGGGCGGGGCCAGUAGUCCCCUGGGGGGAGGGGCUAGUAAAGAUACAGUGGGCGGGGCCAGCAGCAGCGAGGCUCUCUCUGCGGAUGAGGCCAGCAGGCCCAGCCCCUCCAGGCCAGGCCAGGGCCAGGCCCCGCGGCAGGCAGCGGAGUAUGGGGACCUCCUGCAGGAGUACGUUUGGGAUAAACAGCACCAGCUUCAGCUACAGGUUCACACUCACUCCAGGCAGCCCAUCGUAGGCCUGACCCCCACCCCCCCCCCGCCGCUCCGGGGGCACCCUGGGGAGCCGGGCAGAGUCAAGGUGACCCGGACUAAGUCCUGCGGUCCGUUCCUUUCCCCGGAGCCUCCUGAAACCCCCGUCGCCAUCCAGCCGGACCCCCACCCCUACCUGCAGCCCCCCCGACCCCCACAGCCCCGCCCGACACAUGACCCCAACCAGGACCCCCAGAAGGACCCCGCCCGGACGCUGCACAAGGCCCUGGCUCUGGAAGGUCUGAGGGACUGGUACUUGCGCAACACCUCCGGCUCGGCCCAGAAGACGCUAUUGGACAGGAAGGGAAAGGCUGCGGACAGCAGAGGUGGAGGAGGAGCAGGAGGAGUAGGAGGAGUAGGAGGAGGAGGAGGAGGAGGAGCAGCAGGAGUAGGAGGAGGAGGAGCAGCAGGAGGAGGAGGAAGAGGAGGAGGAGGAGGAGGAGCAGGAGGAGGAGCAGCAGGAGGAGGAGGAGGAGCAGGAGGAGCAGGAGCUCCUCAGGGCACCCAAACAGCUCACGCUCUCAUCCAACGGUUAUCCUAUCAGAGAAACAAUAAUAAACCAGCAGCCCAGAAGCCUCCAAUGGAAAGGCAGCAUCACUACGCGGGAAGGAUGCAGCACUCCGUCACGUUCCACGGACCGGUGCUGAGCGGCAGGUCCACUGAAGGCUCUCUCUACCAGGACUUCCUCUCUGACAGACAAGUGCCUCCUCUUAAUGAACCAAUGAUAGAGCAGGGAUCCCCUGGCACCCUGGUCUGAGCAGCCAUUCAGGACUCAAACACCAAAUGUUUUGCUGCUGAGAAUCUAAAUGCAACACAAUCCAUAUGUUGGCCACCGUAUCCGAAACCAACCCUACCGUCAACCAACCUUAACUUUACCAAAACCUUUCCUAUCCUGAACCUAUCCUACCCUUAACCUGUCCUACCCUAACCCUCGACCUAAGAUAGUUUGAAUCCUGCCCAAUACAGGGGGAAAGAGCUGCUGAAUCUUAAGUAGUUAGAAAAACCAGAAAGGAGUGGCUUUCUCAGGACUAAAUUGUGUGUGUGUGUGUGUGUGUGUGUGUGUGUGUGUGUGUGUGUGUGUGUGUGUGUGUGUGUGUGUGUGUGUGUGUGUGUGUGUGUGUGUGUGUGUGUGUGUGUGUGUGUGUGUGUGUGUGUUUUAGAUUGUACACAGGAAGUUAUGAGAGGAGACUUUAAAUCUUUCCCUUUUAUGCCUUUUUUGUAUAUUGACCAAUUAUUAUAAUUAUGGAAUCUCCUUACUUACAUCAUGAUUUAAAUUCUAUACAUAUGGAGUCUAAUUCUCCAGUUUGGGGUUUGCAUCGCUUACUAAGAAACGAUUCAAAACUUUGUAUAUGCAUUCCUAUCCUUAGACAUUUUAUACAAGAUCUAUUUCAAGUUCCUUUCAGACAAUCAAUUAGAUCUUUCACUUUGGUACUCGGAUUUCAACGAAAUGCGAUCGACCUUAAUCGGACUGUGCACUUAUUCAAAUGUCCUCGUAGUCAGUUAACUUGUAAUCAGUGAGCUGACUGUUCCUAUAAUCAGCUGUGAAGUGAGACACCAGGCCCAGCAGGCAGCCUGACCAGCUGCUGUCAGGGGGGACGAUGUUUCUCAGGUUGGAUCACCAGCGAGGUCCUGCUGCUGCUCAGAACCACCCGUCCGGACUCAGCCACCAGAGCAUCCCAACGUAGCCUGGAUGCUAACUACUAGCCCUAUAGUCUUGAGGCUAGGUUAACAAACUCUGUACACCGGAUGCUAGGAUGGAGGUAUGAUUCUGUAGUUAUAAAGAGAGUCCGCUCACAGGAGGGCCUACGUUUCUCCGCCAUUGAGAAAUGGCGCAUUCACGCACCUGUGAUUGAUGGCCCGGAAAGACUACCCAAACCAAUCAUGGAAGAGAUGCCCUGAUAGGUCAGAAAUGAGCUGGGCGUGGUCCUACAGAGGCAGGCUGAGUCAGGGGAUUCCCUGGCAUCGCCAUUUCUAAAAAAAACUCCCUUAAAAUGAUACUUCUUAAAGCUAACCUUCAGCACCUUUGAGUGCCGACCUGCUAGCCUAACGACAACAAACCAAGCAAUGCCCUUGUUUAGCAUGACUAGACGCGAGACAGCAAUAAUGCUUAGAUUAGAAGACAUAAAGACUGCAACGUGUCACGGACUGUUUGAUUGGUUAGAAGCAGGAACUGUUUGAUUGGUUAACAGCAAGAACUGUUUGAUUGGUUCCAGCCGUAGACAACCUAACUUCUUAUUGUCACAACAAAUGUUGAAUUCAUGUCAUGCUGAAAACUGCAACUACUCGCAAAUGUCCUGAAACGUCCUGAAAUGUUAUGUUUUAGGAUACCCUGAACCCUGACCCUAUUUUAACGUGAACCCUGUUUUAACUGAACCCUGUUUUAAAACCUGAACCCUGACCCUGUUAAACCUGAACCCCUUUUAAACCUGAACCUGACCCUGUUUAAACCUGACCCUGACCCUGUUUAAAGCUGAACCAUGACCCUGUUUAAACCUCAACCCUGACCCUUUUUAAACUUGAGCCCUGACCCUGUUUAAACCUGAGCCCUGACCCUGUUUAACCUGAGCCCUGACCCUGAUUAACCUGAGCCCUGACCCUGAUUAACCUGAGCCCUGACCCUGAUUAACCUGAACCCUGACCCUGUUUAACCCUGAACCCUGACCCUGUUUAACCUGAGCCCUGAGCCUGUUUUAACCAGAGCCCUGCCCUGUUUUAACCAGAGCCCUGGCCCUGUUUGUAUGACUGAUCAUGAGGACCACCUCCUCACUGUAACCGUAUGCAUCAAGGUAUUCAUUGUCAGCCGAUUCAAGGUUCUUUAUGCAAAUGAGCUGUCACAGGGAGACAUCUCAGGCUUGUAUUGCGACCCACACACAUCAUGCUAAUGGGAGACCGGGUAUAGUUGUGUGUGUGUGUGUGUGUGGUGUGUGUGUGUGUGUGUGUGUGUGUGUGUGUGUGUGUGUGUGUGGGUGUGUGUGUGUGUGUGUGUGUGGUGUGUGUGUGUGUGUGUGUGUGUGUGUAUGGGAAAUCCCCAUAUCCCUACUCCCUACCUUGUGUUGUAUGGUGGCUGACUCAAUGUAAAUGCACAUGAAUGAGGGAUGAUGGAACAUGUGAAGGAUGGCGGAUGACAGCAGGAUGCAUGCUCUGUGCCAUGUGGACUUCUGCUUUACAGCAUGAGAGCCUGUAAAUAGACUUUUGUUUAUAUCAUUUGUAAUUUUUUGAUACAUAGUUGUGCAGAACAUUGUGCGUGAUAAAGACCCUUGAUAUGUUU